UUUGAGGGUGGGAAAAAGCCCUAAAAAACCGAAUGCUCCUUUCCCGCCUUAUUCACCUCCUCCAGGUCUCCGUCAACCUCAAAUCCCUCCCCUUAACCCAACAAGCCCACGCCCUCUCUCUAACCCUUGGCCUCUUCAAUGAAGACCCCAUCAUCGCUUCAAAGCUCAUCUCCUCCUACUCUCACCUCAGCCUCCCCUCGCUUUCCCGCCAAAUUUUCGAGUCCUUCGCCCUCAAUUCACCCCCAAAUGUCCUCCUAUGGAACUCUCUCCUCUCUUCCUACUGCAACAACCGUAUUUUCUCCAAACCCAUCUCCCUCUUCGCUCGGAUGCGGGCCCGGUUGCGGCCCGAUAACUACACUCUCGCCAUCGUCUCCAAGGCCUCAGCUGAGCUCGAGGACUUUCGUGCAGGGAGAUUGGUCCAUUGUCUCGUUGUGAAGCUGGGGUUUUAUCAAGAUACUGUUCUAUCCAAUUCAAUUAUGAGGUUUUACUCUAGAUGUGAGAAUUUUGGGGAUGCCCGGAAGCUGUUUGAUGAAAUGCCAAUGAGAAGUGUUGCUUCUUGGAACUCGAUUAUUUCACAGUAUGCAGAUUUGGAGAGUGGAGAAGAGGAGGUUUGGAGUCUUUUUGAAGAAAUGCAGGCUGAAGGAAUUAAGCCGGAUGCUUUCACGAUUAGUACUGUUCUUCCUUGGUGUUGGAGUAGUAUUCGUGGGAGGGAGAUUCAUUGUUAUCUUAUAAGGAUGAAUUUGGGUUUGAAUUCGGAUUUUCAUAUGGGUAGUUGUUUGAUUAAUAUGUACUCUAAAGGAAACAGGGUUGAUGUUGGAAGGCGGGUCUUUGAUAGGAUGAUCGUCAAGAAUGUGGUUGUCUGGACGACGAUGAUUAAUGGGUAUGUGGAGAAUGCGGAGUUUGAGGAAGGUUUGGAUCUUUUCCGUAUGAUGCAGUUUGAAGAUGGUAUUUUGCCGAAUAAGGUCUCUUUGGUAACUGUUCUUCCAGCUAUUGGAUCUCUUGCAAGGUUUAUUGAUGGGAAACAAGUUCAUGCUUUUGCCAUUAGGAAGGAAUUGAAUCGUGAACCUUCAUUGAACAAUGCUUUGAUUGAUAUGUAUUCAAAAUGUGGGACUUUGGACAGUGCGAAAUGUAUUUUUGAUGACCAAUCUUGGUGUAAAGAUGCCAUCUCUUGGAGCACGAUUAUUUCCUGUUAUGGAAUUCAUGGAAAGGGAGAAGAAGCUGUAAUUUUGUUUAAUAGAAUGUGCAACCUUGGGACAAAGCCGGAUCAUAUUACCAGUGUGGGAGUCCUUUCAGCUUGCGGGAGGAGUGGUUUGGUAUCUGAGGGCUUGGAGAUCUAUAAUUCAUUGGUAAAGGAUUAUGGGGUUGUCCCAACUGUUGAAAUUUGUUCUUGUAUGGUUGAUAUGUUAGGUCGAGCUGGUCGGUUAUCCAAGGCUUUGGAUUUCAUUAAGUCAAUGCCACAUAUAUCUGGUUCUAGUGUUUGGGGAGCACUUUUUGAUUCUUCUUUCAUGCACAACAACAGAGAAAUGCAUGACUUGGCUUUUAGGACUCUUCUCCACUUGGAGCCUGAGAGCCCUUCAAAUUUUAUCACGCGUUCAAAUUUUCAUGCCUCAUCUGAGAGAUGGGAUGUUGUAGCAGAAGUGAGGAAAACAAUGAAGGAGAGGGGUUUGAAAAAAAUGCCUGGUUGGAGUUCAAUUACUAUUAAUAGGACAGUCCAUUCUUUCUUUGCUGCGGACACAUCUCACCAUUAUCCAGAUACAAUUUAUGCAAUGUUAGACAACCUCUUACUGACAAUGAAGGGGGCUGGUUACGUCCCAACAUAUGAAAAAGUUACAGAGCCUUUCACACUUGGGUCAUAUCAGUGACUUUGCAACUGUCAAAGUUAAUAUGCUGAAGAAGCUGAAAGAGCGAGAGGAAUCAACCAUCUACGAGCAAAUAUCUCUGGUGCUCUUGUUUAUACUUCUAACAAUCUGAUACUUAAUGAGAUAUCAACGUGAAAGAUUAACUACUUUAUUGCUGUGCUUCGAUGCUCUGGAAACAAUACUAACAAUGCAUCUCGACUUUCCAAAUAAGAAGAAAUGCGCCAAUGUCUUCUAGGAUAGGAUGGGUUUCGAGUUUCUUCCUCCUUUUCUUAUAUAUUUUCCUGAGUCACGUUUCAAAUAGAGCCAUGGAGACUUCAGAAGCUGCAAACAUCAUUUAUUUUCAUAAGACCCAUAUAAUCAAGGAUGAAUUUGAAGCUAAGAAGUCAGCUGCUUGAGUUUGUUCUAUUAAUCGGAAGUAUAUCUGAUGUUCGAGGGACGUUAAAUUACGGAAAAUUUUCAGAUGAUUCAGCAUCUCAAGUUAUGGUGAAACCAGCUGUCCCCUGAAAAUUUAUCAAUUUAAGAUCCUCGCUUCUUGAUUACAUGGGCCAUCUUAAAACAUACUUCAGACUUGUGAUCCAACUCAAAUAGUCACAUGACAGGCAGAUAAGUUACCAGGUAUUAGGAGGCCCUGUGGGGGGCAAAGAAUCGGAGCAAUUUACAGAUGAAAUCAAUAUGUGUUCUUGGUGGGUAUGGCAAGGUCCUGGGGAGACAUACUUCACAUCAUCAAACACGCUAACCUAGGUCCAGUCCGGGAUAUUUUAUGCAGUAAUAUUCAUGUCUCUGGUUUCCCUUCUGUUUUGAGGAUACCAUACAACUAAUGACUUGUCUCUUUUUCGAACAAAAUUUACCUAAUUGUUCUCGGAGGUUCAGUCCAAUAUAAUUUGUGCAGUAAAAUUCCAUGUCUAUGGUCUCCCUAUUGCUUUGAGGUCGAUCUAUGAGCAGUAUGCCACUCACCGGCCAGUGGCGUGCUCAACUGCGAGGAUGAGCCGGAGUUUUGACCAAGAACAAAAUCAGAAGUUUAAAUUCUCAUUCUCACUUUUUAAUUUUUGUAUUUAUGAGCUUCUAAUAUAAAUAAUACUAUCAUUAAGUAUGUAUAAUGCCUGUGGAUUGCAAUUUGAUUAUACAUUUCCACAUUAUUCUGUGCUAAUG